AUGAGCAGCGACGUAGGAGCAACAGUACCCCAUUUCUACACUCGAGCUGAACUGGCUGAUAUUCAUCAGGAUGUCCUAGAUAACAAAUCGGAUGCUAGAAAGCUAAUCGUUGUCGAGAACAAGGUGUAUGAUAUUACAGAUUUUGUAUUUGAUCACCCCGGUGGUGAGCGAGUACUUUUGACUCAAGAGGGCAGAGAUGCUACAGAUGUCUUUCAUGAGAUGCAUCCUCCCUCUGCUUACGAGCUGCUAGCUAAUUGCUACGUUGGUGAUUGUGAGCCCAAGUUGCCUAUUGAUUCCAGCGAUAAGAAGGCAUUAAAUUCUGCUGCGUUCGCUCAAGAAAUUCGUGACCUCCGGGAUAAACUAGAGAAACAAGGUUAUUUUGACGCUAGCACUGGCUUCUACGUCUACAAAGUUUCAACCAUCCUGCUUGUUUGCAUUGCGGGUUUAGCUAUCCUCAAGGUUUGGGGUAGAGAUUCCACUGUAGCUGUCUUUAUCGCUGCCUUUUUAGUGGGUCUCUUUUGGCAGCAAUGCGGCUGGCUAGCUCAUGAUUAUGCUCAUUAUCAAGUCAUCAAGGAUCCCAAUGUCAAUAAUCUCUUUUUGGUUACUUUUGGUAACCUGGUCCAAGGCUUCUCUCUUUCAUGGUGGAAGAAUAAGCACAAUACUCAUCAUGCUAGCACCAAUGUUUCUGGUGAAGAUCCUGAUAUCGACACGGCUCCCAUUUUGUUAUGGGAUGAAUUUGCUGCUGCUAACUUCUAUGGAUCUUUAAAGGAUAAUGCCAGUGGAUUUGACAGGUUCAUUGCAGAACACAUUUUGCCUUUUCAAACUCGUUACUACUUUUUCAUCCUUGGCUUUGCUCGUACAUCCUGGGCUAUUCAGUCUAUUAUCUACUCUUUUAAGAACGAGACAUUGAACAAAUCAAAGCUCUUGUCCUGGUGUGAGCGUGUCUUUUUGAUUGUCCAUUGGAUCUUCUUCACCUAUUGCACUGUUGCUUGGAUUGGCUCUCUCAGAAACAUCGCCAUGUUCUUUGUUGUUAGUCAGAUUACUACCGGUUACUUGCUUGCUAUCGUAUUUGCCAUGAACCAUAACGGUAUGCCUGUCUACAGCCCUGAAGAAGCAAACCAUACCGAGUUUUAUGAGUUACAAUGCAUCACUGGUCGCGAUGUCAAUUGCACUGUAUUUGGGGAUUGGAUUAUGGGUGGAUUAAACUAUCAAAUUGAACACCACCUUUUCCCUGAGAUGCCUCGACAUCACUUAUCCAAAGUAAAGUCCAUGGUCAAGCCUAUUGCGCAAAAGUAUAAUAUCCCUUACCAUGACACAACAGUUAUUGGUGGUACCAUUGAGGUCUUGCAAACCUUGGAUUUUGUUCAAAAGAUUUCGCAAAAAUUUAGCAAAAAGAUGCUCUAA